CCCGUGUAAGUGGUCUCGGUAGCGCCAACCCCGAAUAACUCGAUCCACCAGAAACCGCUGGAUUGGUGGGAUUAAUACGUGGAAUGCCAUCAUCAUCACGCCAGGCUAAUGCUAGGCUCCAGCAAAUAGUUUUUUUUUCUGCUCUGGCGGGCGCGGGUGCUCCGGCAAACGGACGCCUCGGAGGCGGGCCUUUGUAGGGCGCCGUGGCCGCUGUAUUUCUAGAAUCCGUAGUGCUGCAUAAGCUAACUGUCGGCAGGCGGCGAUUUACAGUUGCGUUGCACUAGUUAGAGCUAGCUUUUUGUCUGCACGUGGGGGAAGCGGAUGGCGUUUAGGUGCUCCGAUGCGGCGGAACAUGUACGAAUGACGUGGGAACGGGGACACCAGACCGGGAAGAUAAGGAGACAGAGACAAGGCCAUAAGAAAAUGGAAAAGCUUUUUUUUUUGUUUUGCUGUCUUUUAAUUUAAAACAUUGCUACGCCUUGUCUCUCCAUCCGUUUUACCCUUUUCCCUUUCUUCCAUUCCAUACAUCAACACAACUUCAUCCAGCCCUUUUUUUCUAAAGGGCACAGCAAGCAGGCUUAUUACUAGCUAUACGGAGACUCCGUCUCACUCACAUCACAUAAAACAGCCCGUUUCCGUUUUCCUCGCUUGGUGGAAAGUAGCUAUCUACAAAAAAAGCAGUUUCUUCCUCUCCGUAGCUUUCGCAGUCUUCACGCCCUCUGCGAUACAAGCUUCUUCUCGAAACCCUCAACAGGCGUUCUCUCUCUCUCGACCUCAUACACACACACAACAUGUCUAGAGCUUUCUCGGCGCUGAGAAAGCCCCUUUUGGGCGCUGCUGCCGUCGCGACCGGCGGCGCAGUCGUCCUCUCGCUGCGCAAGAGCAACAGACCGACCUGGGACCAGCCCAUGGUUCCCUUGAAACACAACCCCGACACUGGACGCAUCAUCCCGCAGGCCUUCCCAGCCGCCAAGAGCCGUGCCGAUAGCAUGGCUGAGCUCCGCCGUGAGGAGGAGUAUGAUCUUCUGAUUGUCGGCGGCGGCGCGACCGGCACCGGCAUUGCCCUCGACGCCGUCACCCGCGGCCUCAAGGUGGCUCUUGUUGAGCGCGACGACUUCUCGGCCGGCACCAGCUCCAAGAGCACCAAGCUGGUCCACGGCGGCGUGCGGUACCUCGAAAAGGCCGUCUGGAAUCUCGACUACUCCCAGCUGCAGCUGGUCAUGGAGGCCCUGCACGAGCGCAAGACCUUCCUCGACAUUGCGCCGCACUUGUCGCACAGCUUGCCCAUCCUGCUGCCCCUCGAGAGCUGGUGGCAGGCGCCCUAUAUGUGGAUGGGCACCAAGAUGUACGAUAUGCUGGCUGGCGAGCAGGGCCUCGAAAAGUCUUAUUAUCUUAGCCGCGAAAAGGCCCUCCAGGCGCUUCCUCUGCUGAAGCCGGACCACUUGUUUGGCGCGCUGGUCUACUAUGAUGGCCAGCACAACGACUCGCGCAUGAAUGUUGCGCUUGCGUUGACUGCCUCGCUCUACGGGGCUACCGUGGUCAACCAUGUGGAGGUUACUGGUCUGAAGAAGGAUGCCAAUGGUAAGAUUUGCGGCGCCACAGUCCGCGAUGUCGUUGCUGGCAUCAAUGGCGAGACUGAUGCCGCCAAGGAGUUUACUGUCCGCGCAAAGGGCGUCAUCAAUGCCACUGGACCGUUCAGUGAUGCUAUUGAGCGCAUGGACAACCCGACCAAGAAGGCCAUGAUUGCCCCCGCCUCUGGUGCGCACAUUGUCCUCCCCGGCAAGCUCUGCCCCAACGGCAUGGGCCUGCUUGACGCUGCUACUUCGGACGGCCGUGUCGUCUUUGUCUUGCCCUGGCAGGGUUUCACGCUCGCCGGCACCACCGACAAUGCCUGCGAGAUUGAGCGCCAGCCCGUGGCCCGCGACGAGGAUGUUGACUUUAUCCUCAAGGAGGUCAGCAAGCUGCUCAAGCCCGAGCACGUCCUCAGCCACGACGACAUCCUCGCCACAUGGUCCGGCAUCCGCCCGCUCGUCAAGGACCCCCAUGCUAAGAACACCGAGUCCCUCGUCCGCAGCCAUUUGGUCACUGUCUCCCCCGCCGGCCUCCUCACCUGCGCUGGUGGCAAGUGGACCACUUACCGCCAAAUGGCCGAAGACGCUGUCGACGAGGCCAUCAAGACGUUCAACCUGAAGCCCAAGGCCCAGACCCUUCCCGACAUCACCGCCUCUGGCCUCCAAGGCGUCACCACCACCGGCGCCUGCUGCACGCGCCAGAUUGUCCUCAUCGGUGCCCACGGCUUCUCCAAGAGCCUGCAGGCCGAACUCGCCGACCACUACAAGCUCGAUGCCGAUAUUGCCCACCACCUCGCGACCAACUAUGGUGACCGUGCCUGGGCUCUGCUCGAGGAGGGCGAUUCUACUGUCAAGCGUCUGCUGCCUGCUCACCCCUUCACUGAGGCCGAGGUCCGCUAUGGUGUCCGCGCCGAGGCUGCUUGCACUGCUGCCGACUUGAUUUCCCGCCGCACUCGUCUUGCUUUCCUGGACGUUGACAGCGCGCUUGCUGCUCUUCCUCGCGUCAUUGAGAUUAUGGGCGAGGAGCUCAACUGGUCCAAGGGCCGCGCUGCGUUUGAGUGGGACGAGACGGUACGCUUCCUCAAGUCCAUGGGUCUGUCGCAGGAUAAGCAGGGCCUGAGCCGCCGCGAUGUCGAGACCAAGGUUGCUGCUGCACCCAAAAACAAGGCGCUAGCUGCUGCUGUGUCGAACAAGCUUAACCUCCCCAACUUUGGCCAGGAGGCCAAGACCAGCUCGAACCUGUAAAUCACAGACCUGUAAAUAACAGGACGGUGAUAUUUUACUAGUACACUGAUUUUUCAUCGCUUUUUUCAUUGAUUUUCUUUCUGUCAGAUACAUUCAUCAUUGGGGAGGAGUUUUAUUUUUUCUUGGCUUAUACUAUGGAGUUGGGUUUACGGCACGCACUCGCAUCAGGCAGCGACCUGACUCUCUUGUUUGUGUAAUUUUUUUUUAUAAAAUCCGUAUCAUGGAAAUAAAGAUUACAAAUCAUACAUGUUGAUCUUUUUAACCAGUGACUUGUUCUUUUUCGUUUGUGAAUGGCGGCAGCCUCCGGAGCAGCCCCGCGGGCUUUGUUGUAUAUGUAUAGAUACCCAAUGACCGCAUGUUGGCUGGAGGCUUACUUUGUACACGACACGUCAGAGCGGCUUCUGCGGAGCGAGUCUGUCGUAUGCAGGGGCAAGACGCAGGUGAUGGUGGUGGUUUGUUGGGUAUUAGACGCAAGCGAACGUUUUCUCUUUUCGCAUUGCCACGCGGGGGCUUCGGAGAGUUGUUAUUGUUCGGCCGCUGGUACUAUGGUUAUGCACUGUACAUUCAAGAUAGCUUCUUUGUUUUAGUAUGGUCUUUUUAAACACCAUACCUGGGCUGCUUUGCAUUGAUAUACAGCUGUAGAUAUCCCAUCUACACGAGACCGGAUAUCUCUAACUAAGCCACCAGCCAACCAACCAACAUCUCUCUAAACGUCAUCCUCACUCCAAUAAACGCAUCAUCAUCAUGCGGCAAUACGUUUCCACUGCCGAACACUGUCAAGCCCAACCGACGCAAUCGCGCCUAAGCUCCUGCAGCCAAUCGGCGGCUACCAUCCGCGGGCGCACGCUAACGGAGCCAUGCAAGCUGAGUGGUUUUUUGCUGGUCUGGUGCUUCAGGUGGUCUAGUGAGGCGCAUGUGUUGGCGCCCUCCCUCUCGCGUUUUUUUCGUCUAGUUUAUGCGUGGGUUGCAGCACGGGAGAUGCAACCGAGCGUAUUAGGCGGAGGCAACGUCAGCCAUGCGGAUGACUACAAAGUGUCUCCCCUUAUUUGUUGGUCUUUCAUGGUAUAUAGGGCCUGUUGUAUUUCGCCAAGAUUUUCCCAGGAAU